AGCAGUCGUCUGGUGCUGGCAUCAUGAGCACAGUCUGAGGACGAGCCUUUUCCAGCAGAGCACAGAGAGGGGGAUGGAAAGGAGAGGAAGGAGGAGUUAGUCUCACAUAAACGCAGGCAUAUGUCCGCCUGCUAGAAAACUCACAGAUCUGAGAGGAGGUGAGAAGAGGACGGGGAGCGCCGCCUGCCCACACACUUGCAGGAUGUGGCUGACUCUUCUUUACAGUUUCACCGGUGGAGCAGCUCUCCUGUAUGCUCUGUACAGAUGGCUGAUCCCUGCUGCUGUCCAGUAUCAUGGAGGAUUGGCACUGAUCUGGCAUGAUGUCAUUGUGGAGCGGAUGCUGGACACUGUGACCCAGUCCACACGUCCUCAGAGGCUCCUUGCUGCAGUACAGAAAAACGCCACUAGAGGGGACCCUCGCAGCGUGGUCAAAGCCAUCGAUCAGUUCUGCAAAAGCAAGGAGUGGGCCAUGAAUGUGGGGGAUGAGAAAGGCAGCAUUCUUGACUCAGUGGUGUCUGAGGUAAACCCCGCCAGCGUCUUGGAGCUGGGAACCUACUGUGGCUACUCCACGGUGCGAAUCGCCAGCCUGCUUCCCCCUCAGGGCAAGCUCAUCACUCUUGAGUUCAACCCAGACUAUGCCGCAAUUGCACGUCAAGUCAUUGCAUGGGCAGGAUUAGAGGACAAGGUCCAGUUGGUCGAAGGAGCGUCUGGUGACUGGAUCCCCAAAAUGAAGGAGCAGUUUGGAGUGAAAACAUUUGAUUUGGUUUUCCUCGAUCACUGGAAGGAUCGCUACCUUCCCGACACAAAGCUGAUGGAGGAGUGCGGCCUCCUCAGAAAAGGCAGCGUCCUGUUGGCAGACAACGUCAUCUGCCCUGGAACUCCUGACUAUCUGGAGUUUGUGCGGAGCAGCCCGCGAUACCAGAGCCAGUACUUUAAAUCUCACCUGGAGUACACCAAAGCGGAGGAUGGUUUGGAGAAGUCCGUCUACUUGGGGUAGUUUUUAACAAAAAAGUGUCAUGUUUUACAAAGGCACCUGAGACCUUUGUUGUUUUAGGUUAAAUGACUGAAAAUCAGUUUUUCUAAUGUGUCAUAGAGUCAAUGAAACUUGAAAUUAAAAGUCACACGUGAGGGAA